CUCAAAACAAAAACAUACGCGAGCACGCGCAUGCGCAUAAUUUAUGAGAGUGAGAAAUGUUUGAACGUUUUUGGCAAGUAAUCGACUUAUGUUUAUAUUGGCAAAGGAGUGUAAUUUUUGUCUUUUUUGUGUUUUUUUCCAUUACUUCUUAAACAGAUUACAUGAGAAAACUUUGCACAAAACACCAUAGUCGUGAUGAAAGAAGCAGUACGUUACUUUAGGGACUUUUUUACCGCUGUUGCGAUUUCCGUGAUUAUUCUAUCACCAUAUUGGUUGUACAAACAGUCACAAGUUUCCAUUGAGUUAGUAAUCAAGUCUGAAAGUGUCUUUCUACAAAAGAACAAUGAUCCACCAUCUUUAAAAACAGCAGAAGGCACCACACGUAAGCCAAGUCCGGUGAACCUUUGUUCAAAUGAUAUGAAGGACGAACCAGGCUCGUGGAUUCUGUCUUAUUCUUUGAACGCUCGAAGAACAAAGAAUGCAACCAAACGAAUUUCUGUCCUUGCAACUGAAGCUGCUAAUUCAGCUACCUACCAUGACUGGAUGCUGCGUGUGUACCAUGAUGGAAGUUUACCAAACAAAACGCAGCAUGUUUUGACAAAGAUACACAAAAAUUUACGUUUUUGUGAUGUUAGGAAGAUCUUGUUACUUGGCAAUAUAUCACAUUUGAAACGCAAUUUUUGGAGAUUGUUACCAAUAGGCGAUAGUACUGUUGACGUGACGUGCGUGCGAGAUGUUGACAGUCCUUUACUAAAUCGUGAAUUCGACGCUGUAGAGCAAUGGCUGGAAAGCGAAAAGUUAUUUCACUGUAUGCGAGAUUCUCCGCAAGAGUCGAAGAGGAUAACGAGUCACGGAUUUUGCUUUCGUAAUUACAAAAAUAACACUGUCACGGAAAUAGUCUUUCAAGAAUUAAUUUCGAAUCACGAGAAAGUUGAUGAAGAUUUACUUGACGAGCAUGUUUGGCCUUUGGUAAAAACAGACGCAAUACAGCACGACUCCUAUCAAUGCACGAAAUUUCCACAAUCUCAUGCUUUUCCCAGCAGGAGGCUGACAAGGACAAGCGGGUUUGUUGGAUGUAAACGACCAUGUUCCAACAACGUUCCGCCAUGCCCUAAAGAAUGCAGACCAAAAAAACAUCAAGACUGGUCCUAUUGCUAGAUUAUUCUUCCACUAUACCAACAACUCUAUAUCAGGCUGCAUUUUGUUAUUUAUAAAUCACUUAAUUAUUUGUAAAUUUCACAUUAGGUAAGUUUUUUGUCUAUGUUAAGGAAACUGAUUAGGAGUGAGUUUAUUUUAAAGAAUACUGUGAGCACUAUUAACCCUCGUUAGGCCGUCCCUUCCUUUGCCAGAUUUUAAUUUUUUAUUAUUCUUUUUUUGCUAUGUUGUAUGAUACUUGUAUGAUAGUUUUCAUAUUCUUUUGUUAGAAAUAACUCGCUAAACCUCUUAGCUUCAUACA